AUGGCAUUAUUCCCCUGGGACUAUCAAUCCCUGGAGAGCUUGUGGUCCGGAGACAUGAACAAACCCGAUAUACGCGAAGGCUGGAAGUUGAUGAUCGACCACUUUCUUGGAGCUAUCGUCGUCGGUGGUACAAACGCAUUGGCUGUCUUCACUUCAAGGGGUUCUCCAGGGGGGUUUUGUUUACGGAUCUCCGAUGAUAAAACCCCUGGCGAGCUCCGUGCUGUUGCAUGGGCUCUAUCGAACGAGAAACCCUUGGAACCUUUGAUCGUCUGUUCGAGGGGAAGCAUGCUUUAUGUACUCAACGCGAAAAACAAGCAAAUAAUUGGCCAGUUGAGAGGGCAUGGUGGCGAAAUCACAUCGAUUGUCGUGCAUCCGUCCUUCCCUUACCUUGUCUGCACUUGCUCGAGAGACUUCUCUGCAAGGAUAUAUGAUCUUACUAUGCCUCCACGGGACAAACCCAACAACCCUCAUUGGCCUCCCUCCACAGCACCCAGCCUUGGUGGAGCGCCACAUGGCUUUCAAUCCAGCGAACCUGAAGGGAUUGGAAUUGGCCGCUGCCUAGUCGUCUUGUGCGGAGGGCCGUCUGGGGGUCAUGAAGCCGCCGUUCUUGGUGCGGCAUUUCAUCCUACACAUCCACUGAUUGCAACUUGCGGAAUGGACAGAGCAGUCAAGAUAUGGAGAUUGCCUCGGAUGUCUUUUGACCACAUGGCUCGCGAGGAUAAGGCUCUGUUCAGUUCGACACGAAUACACAAGGCUAGAAUCUUAUCGGUGAACUGGCUGGGGCUGGAUGUACUCGCUACGUCUAGCGCGCCGGCUCUUAUGCGCCGUAACGGUGAUCAGAAUGACUUGUAUUACGAGGACGGUACAAUUGGGAUAUGGCGCUGGCUCGGUUUCGAUCGUUUUUUUCCUGCAACUCGGCCAAAGCCGUCCAAAGUUAUGCGAGGUUGUGCUUCGGACUAUCAAGAGAGUUCAUCUUUCAAGCUUUUAUCGGUGGUCCCGAUCUCGCAAUCUACAAGGCAUUUACACAUUGCCCAGGCACACACUAAUGACUAUGUGAUCGUCGUCACACUUCCAGACCGCGUGUGCCUCCAUAACGUCAGCGACUUCGAGCCCCGAGCACCACCCAGUUUCCCCCUAGACCAAGAUUUAGUCACAAGCUUGAGCAGUAAGUUACACCUGGACGACGAUGGCGAUGAAGAUGUACCGGUCGUUCUUACAACGAAUGUCGAGAAACCGCUUCUGAAGGGGACGGAGAUCACAGUGCCGAACGUUACAGACAAUCUACAAGCCAGCGUUCUGGGGUUCUACGGACUACUGCUUGGUAUAUUAGACAACAAGGGACGCGUGUGGGUUUGGACAGACACAACACAGGCUUGA